AUGAAAAGAGCGAAGAUGGAAGAGAAGAGACGGGAGAGCUUCGACAACAUUUACCUAGACCUCUCAAAACAGCCUGGAAAAUGCAAGCUGGCUGAGAGUGGUCUGGGCUGGCGUCCAUCUGGCGGCGGUGAUACCUUCACACUUGACAGCAGUAACAUCGGCGCGGCCCAGUGGAGUCGCGCUGCCAAAGGCUUUGAGCUGAAGAUUCUGUCGCGAUCAUCUGGAGUGAUCCAGCUGGAUGGAUUUGAUCAGGAGGACUUUGAGCGACUAAGCAAGGCCUUCAAGAUCUGGUACGGAAUUAACGUGGAGACCCGCGAGCACGCUCUGCGAGGAUGGAACUGGGGAAAAGCAGAAUUCACAAAGGCAGAGCUCGCCUUCAACGUCCAAAAUCGACCCGCCUUCGAAGUCCCUUAUUCCGAAAUCUCAAACACCAACCUCGCUGGAAGAAAUGAGGUCGCCGUUGAAUUCGCCCUCCCCGCCGACGCAAAGGAUGUCGCUGUGAAGCCCGGAAGCACAAAGAACCGCGGCCGCAAGGCUGCAGCAGGCCCAGACGAGCUAGUCGAGAUGCGAUUCUACAUUCCCGGGACGGCCCUGAAGAAGGAGAAAGCGGAGGGCGCCGAAGGCGACGAAGAAGAGAACGAGGAAGAUGCCGAGGAACAGAACGCGGCCAACCUUUUCUACGAGACCCUUAUGGACAAGGCCGAGAUUGGAGACGUCGCCGGUGAUACCUUUGCUACUUUCUUGGAUGUUCUGCACCUCACGCCCAGAGGUCGCUUCGACAUCGACAUGUACGAAUCGUCCUUCCGGUUGCGCGGAAAAACAUACGACUACAAGAUUCAGUACCAGGCCAUUAAGAAAUUCUUCCUUCUCCCCAAGAAUGACGAUACCCACACACUUAUUGUGCUCGGUCUUGAUCCGCCCCUGCGACAGGGCCAAACACGUUAUCCUUUCCUGGUCAUGCAGUUGAAGCUGGACGAGGAGAUUAGCCUUGAGUUGAACAUGACACCUGAAAUCUUGGAGAGCCAGUACAAGGAUAAGUUGAACGCGCGGUACGACGAGCCAAUUCACCAAGUGGUGACCAAGGUUUUCCGUGGCCUGUCGGGGAAGAAAGUCAUUAUGCCUUCCAAGGACUUCGUCAGCCACCACGGCCAUCAUGGCGUCAAGUGCUCCAUCAAGGCCAACGAGGGUCUUUUGUACUUCUUGGACAAGAGCCUUAUGUUUGUGCCUAAACCCGCGACCUACAUCCAAAUGGAGAACAUUGCGAUCGUCACUAUGUCCCGUGUCGGAGGCGCCGUAUCUGCCAGCCGAACCUUUGAUAUCACUGUCAGCCUGAAAGGUGGCUUGGGAGAGCACCAAUUCAGCAACAUCAACCGUGAGGAGCAAAAAUCCCUCGAAGACUUCUUCAAGUCUAAGAGCAUUCGAUUCAAGAACGAGAUGGCCGAAGAGGCUGCUGGACUUAUUGCUGCCGCUCUUGACAAUGAUGCUAUGGGCUCCAGUGACGACGAGGCACGACCUGAUCGUGGGUCUGCCGAUGAAGAUGAGUCGUCUGUUGAUGAAGACUUUGCCGGUUCUUCGGAAUCCGAUGUGGCCGAGGAGUUUGACUCAGAUCACGAGAGCAGUGGUGACAGCGAUGAGGAAAUGGCCGACGCAUCGGAUGCGGAGGGCGAUAAGGAGGAUGAGCGUCCAGCGAAGAAGAGCAAGACGAGCAAAUAA